AUUGUUAUAUUUUUAUCACAUAUCGUUACUUUAAAACUAAUCGAAUAUAUAUAUGGUACUAACAGCUAUUAGCCCUAGCAUUGCGUGUUCUCGACACGACGCAUACUCGUUCGAUACUCGUGUGAAAUAAACUUCUCUAGUAAGGGAGUAUCUAAAACAACAACAACGUUUAAUUCAAGUACAGUGGACAAAAAUCCGUAAGUUGCCUAAACAAUUAUUAUAAUAUUGUGACGAUGUUUAUUUAUUAAAAAAAGAUCGGGUGCAUGUGCGUGGAAUGUUAUCGUGAAAGAAUCGUUCUUCAGGUAAAAUCUGGCUGAAGGUGAACAGAUUGGCAUCCAGUAUCGUGAUGCAGUCUCGUCAACGAGAGGACCAAAGUUUCAAAAGCACUGAUGAGGUUUGGCACAGAUAGCGAGAUAUAACUCUCCAAAACAUCAGUUUAAGGAAUGCUGUAAAAAAGACAUACACAAUCGAGGUGAAGUACGCAAGUGGAAACAGAUUUACAAUAUGGAUAGAGAAAGCGCUCAUUGUUGUAAAUGUAAUCAGACGGUCAGCCCCGAAACCUCACAAGAAAACAACACCAGUACUAAAAAGAAUGCGAAUCAACUCAUCAAGGAUUUCAGUUCCUAUACGACUGUCCAUGGGUUACAUUUCAUCAUGGAUUCAGGAGCGUUGUUACGGCGUAUCUUGUGGGGGAUUUUGAUGUGUUUUAGUGUUUGUUUCCUUACUGUACAAGUAUAUCUCAAUCUUGACAAACUUUUAUCUCGACAAGUCACUAUUACAAAAAGUGUCGAAGUCUCGAAGAGUCUCCCAUUCCCUGCAGUCACAAUAUGUAAUCAAAAUAUGAUGAGAAAAAGUCAAAUCAUGGGAACAAUUGCACAGGACUAUUUGGAUCAAUUGGACCCGGUUAAGUAUAAGAAGUAUGGACAGAAAUCUGAAGUGCCUUCAUUCGACGUGGAAAAGAAAGUCAAAAAGACAGGUCAUCAGUUAGAUAAGAUGAUGCAAGAGUGUAGUUUUCCUGGAAUUGAUUGUUCAUAUGCAAAACAUUUUACCAUGGCAACCGCGUUAUCAUUCUUGCACGGACUUUGUUACACAUUCAACCCAAACAGCUCAACUGCAAAUGGUAAGGACGUCACCGAAGGUCAAUGGCAAGGGCUAAGGCUUUAUCUGAAUGCUGAACCAUCCGAGUAUUAUGGACCGUACAGUUAUGAUGCAACAGGCUUUAAAGUUGCAAUACACGAACCUGGGACAUACCACCAUAUUGACAAUGUUGGUUAUGAUGUGCCUCCUGGAUUUUCGACAAGUAUCAGGAUUAGGCGAGAGAAAUUUAUCUUUCAGCCAUCUCCAUAUCCAUCCAACUGCGGAUCGAAAAAGUUGUUCAAUUUUGAAUCAUAUAGUCAACCAUCCUGUUGGGUUGAAUGUGUAUCGAAAAUCGUUGCUGAACAGUGUGGAUGUCGCAAUCUUGGAAUGGUUCCGACAGGUAAGGCGGAUCAACGUUUACUUGAGCCGCUAUAUGUUGAUAUGUCAAUUAAUUUGAUUGCAGGUGUCAGCGCUACGAGAUUCUGCAACAGCACUGAAGCUUCCAAUUGUGUCAUAAGCUCGACGAGAAACAUUAAUGCCAAGUGCGACUGUCCUCCGAAAUGUGAGUCGAUCCAAUACAAUGUCAAGACGUCGAUUGCGUACUAUCCCUCUGAGCAUGGUUGGGAAGCCAUGAUAGACAUGCACAAUAAAACGGGAUUUAACGCAACGGGAUUUAACGCGUCUGAUCCUGAGCAAUUGGAAAACUUGCAAGCAGAUAUAAGAAAAAGUUAUGCUGCCGUCACUAUCUUUUACGAGAGCACGUCAACAGAUGUGACCGAAGAAAAACCAAGCUAUAAUUUCAGUGAUUUUGGAACGGACAUUGGAGGCAACGUGGGUCUGUUUCUUGGCUGCAGUCUCUUGACGCUGUGCGAGUUUAUUGAUCUUAUUAUUAUGGUAUUCAUAAACAAAAAACAAAAGAAUCCAGUCAAUGAUGGUAACAAGGACUGA